AUGAGCGCGCCUUAUCCCACUCAGAAUAACACAGGGAGAAAUUCAUAUGGAGUAAAUUCAUCAGAUCUUCCUCCUAUGGCCGGGGGAGGCUUCAAUCCAAGUGCUCCUCCUCCUCCCCAAAAUCCUCAUUUUCAACAAAACCCUGGAUAUCCUUCCUACCCCCCACAGGGACCGCCCCAGAACUCGGGCUACCCUUCGUACCCCCCUCAAAAUCAAGGGCACAAUCCUUAUCCCUCAGCUCAACCACAAAAUUAUGGCCAUCAGCCAAAUCAUUACCACCAAAAUGAAAAUCCUCAUUUCCAGGGGCAUCAGCAUCACCAGGGUUACAACCAAGGGUAUCCACAAGCACAAGAGCACAAUGACACGAAGAAAAAGAAGAAAAACAAAGGCCUCUUGGGACAAGUUGAAGGUCUUGUUUCAGACGUCAUCGGAGGAGGAUCAAAGUCACAUGGUUCCUACGGAGGACAGGGGCAAUAUUCUGGACAGCAACAUGGCCAGCAAUAUGGUCACGUGUCUCAAGGACAUCCACAGCAGCAAAAACAAAAGGGCUCAAUUCUCGACUCUGGAAAAGAAAUGGCGAUGUGGGCGCUUGAAGCAAAAAUGAUGCACGGAGGCAUGGGAAAGAAGAUGAAAUAUGACAUGAAGAAAAACAUGUUCAAUGCUGUCACAAAAGGAUUCAAAUAA